CGUUUAUUAAGAUUUUUUUUUGUAGUAAUUGAAAAGACUGAAAACCAUGUUAAAAUCGUCAAUUCAGAAUAAAAUUUUAAAGGAAUUGCCUGAUGAUAGACCUGUGACCUCUAUAGUGAUUAUAGAAAAUCUUGAGAAGUGUCCAAGAGGAUUUUACCCUAUCAGUAGGACCUAUGAUCAAGACCAAGACGCAGAUUUAAGGGAAAGCUCAAUUUUUAAAAGCAGCUCAGCAAGAUAUCUUUGUCUUUCUAAAUCAGAAGGAAUCCCAAAUUUUGUGAUACAAGAAAUAUUGGUUGUUGCUGAAAAAGCAAGCCCCCCAAAAGGUUUCAGCCUAUUAAAUAGAACAGCAGAUACAGAACAAAAACCUUGGAGGAAAAAGCAAAUUUGCUACAGAUUAGUAAAUCGAAAGGACAUUAAAACUGCCAUAACUGAUAUAAUUGUCUGCAGUCGACUUAAGAAAGCCCCAGCUGGGUUUUCAUUUGCAGGAGAACUAAACGGAAUAACAAUCUGCUACAAAAUGGGAAACGUUCAAGACAGUCAUGCUAAUGGAGACACUGGUCCAACACCACCUGAAAGACCUCCCCGUACAGUGCCAAUUUCUCCCAGCAACCCAUCAAUGUACCCAACUAUAGCAAACAAUGAUGAUCACGACUAUGAAAUAUUAAUGCCCCCAUCAGGGCCCACAAGACCUGCCCCCAAACCCCCUGCACCGACAGUCCAGCAUCAAAAUUCUACACAUACACUCAAUUCUUGCUUUGGGGGACUUGAAGGAGUGCCAUUUAUUGUUAACCCAAAAUUUAUUACUACAGCUGGAAAUGAUAAGCCACAACACCCCAUAAUUAAAGCCAAAACUCUACAACAAAUAAUGAAGGAAUAUGAUUACCCAUUUUCAGUUGAAAGAAGCUUAAUAUAAAUAAUAUAUCCUACUUAUAAAUUUGGGACUGAUUAAAAUUUGUAUUACCAAUUUAUCAAUGAUCAUUGAGAAACCAUUAGAAUAGAUUGAGCCCACUUUCAAACUAAAAUGAAGAAACUUUUGUUAA